AUGGUCAACCAACAGCAACAUCAACCUACUGGUCAAAGGAAGGACAUGGUCAACCAACAGCAACACCAACCUACUGGUCAAAGGAAGGACAUGGUCAACAAACAGCAACACCAACCUACUGGUCAAAGGGAGGGCAUGGUCAACCAACAGCAACACCAACCUACUGGUCAAAGGAAGGACAUGGUCAACCAACAGCAACACCAAACUACUGGUCAAAGGAAGGGCAUGGUCAACCAACAGCAACACCAACCUACUGGUCAAAAGAAGGACAUGGUCAACCAUGAGCAACACCAAACUACUGGUCAGAGGAAGGGCAUGGUCAACCAACAGCAACACCAACCUACGGGUCAAAGGAAGGACAUGGUCAACAAACAGCAACACCACCCUACUGGUCAAAGGGAUGACAUGGUCAACCAACAGCAACACCAACCUACUGAUCAAAGGAAGAACAUGGUCAACCAUGAGCAACACCAACCUACUGGUCAAAGGAAGGACACGGUCAACCAACAGCAACACCAACCUACUGGUCAAAGGAAGGACAUGGUCAACCAACAGCAACACCAACCUAUCGGUCAAAGGAAGAACACGGUCAACCAACAGCAACACGAACCUACUGGUCAAAGGAAGGACAUGGUCAACCAACAGCAACACCAACCUACUGGUCAAUGGAAGGACAUGGUCAACCAACAGCAACACCAACCUACUGGUCAAAAGAAGGACAUGGUCAACCAUGAGCAACACCAACCUACUGGUCAAAGGAAGGACAUGGUCAACCAACAGCAACACCAACCUACCGGUCAAAGGAAGAACUCGGUCAACCAACAGCAACACGAACCUACUGGUCAAAGGAAGGACAUGGUCAACCAUGAGCAACACCAACCUACUGGUCAAAGGAAGAACACGGUCAACCAACAGCAACACCAACCUACUGGUCAAAGGAAGGACAUGGUCAACCAACAGCAACACCAACCUACUGGUCAAAGGGAUGACAUGCAUGGUUCAAUUACUUAA